UUAAACAAUGAUAACUAACCUGAAUAACAGUAUACAAGGCAUAUUGACAUUUGAGAGAGACAUGCAGCGAUCAAUGUGACACUGGGGUCUGGUUCAGACAUUGAUAAUGAUCAAUCCACAGAUUACUACCAUAACUUGAUUAUAACCUGCUAGGCCAUUUGAUUUAGAUAGUGUUGGUUAGAAUACAAAUAUAAGUAAUAUAUUUCUAUUCAAGACACAGGGUUUUAUAUGGUAUUUACAAUGGUAGUUGAAUGCUAGAUAAACAUGUUCCUCUGUCCCCUUUCCCUGAGGAGUUGCGUAGUUGUGAGUUCUGGCGUGCCAUGUUGGCCGAGUUGCUGGGCUCCCUGGUGUUUGUGAGUGCUGUGCUGGGGGCCUCUGUGCCGGGCCCUGGAGAGGCCUCCAUGGGGCUCCUCUACCUAGCCCUGGCCGCAGGCAUGGUGGCUGUCACCCUGGGACACUGCUUUGUAGAGAUCAGCUGGGCACAGGCUGGACUUGUCUAUUUUUAUCUCUCAAAGGCUGGACUUGCUGAGGGCACUGGUGUAUGUGGUGGCUCAUUGUGUGGGGGCCUCCCUGGGGGCUGGGGCUCUCUACCUCUCCCCUAAAAACCACAGCAGACUGCUUCAUCAGCAGGCUCAGAGAGAGAGUGUGUGUGUGUGUGCGUGCGUGCGUGCGAGUGUGCAUGUGUGCGUGUGUGCGUGUGUGCGUGUGCGUGUGUGUGUGUGUGAGAGAGCUUUUCUUUGACAUCUGUUGGGAGAAAUGACUGACGUACAGUUCAUGAGUGUUGCCUAAUCACACAUAUGAAGUUUUGAGAGAGAGAGAGAGGUCUAAAUCUAAUCAUGGACCUGUACCUUAUCUCUCCUCCUCCCUCUCUCCCGCCCCUCCUCCUCAUCCUCCUCCUCUUCCUCUUCUAGGUUCCUCUGGAGGUAAAUGUGGUGAAUGUGGAACUUUGAAAGUUUCUUCAAGUGCAGUCGCAAAACCCAUCAAGCGCCAUGAUGAAACUGGCUGUCAUGAGGAUCGCCACAGGAA